GCGGGGGCGGAGCGCAGGGCGCCGGCUGCUCGGGCUGCGGCUCGGGCCCUGCACCUGUGACUCUCGGCCGCCCGGCGUCGCAGCCCCAUGGCCCCGUCCCGGCUGCAGCUCGGCCUCCGCGCCGCCUACUCCGGCAUCAGCUCCUUGGCCGGCUUCUCCAUCUUCCUCGUCUGGACGGUGGUCUACAGACAGCCGGGGACCGCGGCCAUGGGAGGGCUCGCAGGUGUGCUGGCGCUGUGGGUUCUGGUGACGCACGUGAUGUACAUGCAGGAUUACUGGAGGACCUGGCUCAAGGGGUUGCGCGGCUUCUUCUUCGUGGGUGUCCUCUUCUCGGCCGUCUCCGUCGCCGCCUUCUGCACCUUCCUGGUGCUGGCCAUCACCUGGCACCAGAGCCUCACAGACCCCACCAGCUACUACCUCUCCAGCGUCUGGAGCUUCAUUUCCUUCAAGUGGGCCUUUCUGCUCAGCCUUUACGCCCACCGCUACCGGGCUGACUUCGCAGACAUCAGCAUCCUCAGCGAUUUCUGACCCAGGGGUGAAGUCUCUGCACCCUGGGGGUCCUCAGGACCUGGACUCAGUCUCUUGAGACAUUGGGAGGGCCUGAUCCCACCCCCUUGGGAACCCAGAACUGUGGCAGAGAGCGCACAGCAGGACGAGUGUGGUCUCCCAGAAAGCUAUCCUGCCUGUCCUGUUGGGGGAGACCUGGGUGUGGUGGAGAACAUUGCUCCUCAUCGGCCUGGCUGGAGGGCAGCUUUACACCUUCUCGAAUGGGUGUUUUCUU